CGAUUCUCUUAUUUCGGCGGGGCAAGAACGAGAGACAACUUAGAAAUCAACAGCCACACGAGAAUCUUCACCUUGCAACUAUCCUCUGCCACAAUUCCAAAUCCGAAUUAUUCCCUCAGCUGAGAAUCACUACAAAUACCUCACCGAACCCGCGACGAAGCAAGAGCUGUUCAGAUUUCAAGGCAAUUCGAAAAAUAAGAUAUUCAAGCUGUUUUCCUCCACGCUGAAAAGAACUUUGCGUGCUAGUGCUUCGGGAUUCUCUAUUGCGGCUGCUGCGAGUAUACAACAGAAGCCGGUGAAGCAGAGUAGUAACGCGAGUCUCCUGGUUAGGAGCGCUGAGAGAAGGAUGCAUAGCAAGGUCGUCAUCAUUGGGUCAGGCCCUGCGGCUCAUACUGCCGCCGUGUACCUUGCGAGAGCUGAAUUGAAGCCUGUGCUCUACGAAGGUUUCCUAGCAAAUGGUAUCGCUGCCGGUGGACAAUUAACAACAACGACUGAUGUCGAGAACUUCCCCGGUUUCCCAGAUGGCAUUGGUGGUUCUGAAUUGAUGGACGCCAUGCGCAAACAAUCCGAAAAGUUCGGCACAAACAUCGUCACCGAAACCGUCUCAAAAGUCGACCUCUCCUCCCGCCCCUUCAAAUAUUGGCGCGAAUGGUCCGAAGACGAGGCCCCCGACACUGCAGACGCUAUUAUAAUCGCAACCGGAGCCUCAGCUCGCAGACUCGGCCUCCCAGGUGAAGACAAAUACUGGCAGAAUGGAAUUUCCGCUUGUGCAGUUUGUGACGGCGCUGUUCCCAUCUUCAGAAACAAGCCUCUGGUUGUUAUUGGAGGCGGAGAUUCUGCGGCUGAGGAAGCUAUGUUCUUGACCAAGUACGGAAGCCAUGUUACGGUUUUGGUAAGGAGAGAUGUAUUGAGGGCGAGUAAGACGAUGGCGAAGAGGUUACUUGCCAACAAGAAGAUUACGGUUCGGUUUAACAGUGUGGGAGGAGAGGUGAAGGGUGAUGACAAAGGGUUGAUGAGCCAUAUGGUUAUCAAGGAUGUUAAGGCUGGGAAGGAAGAGACGAUUGAGGCGAAUGGACUUUUCUAUGCCGUUGGACAUGAUCCUGCGACGGCGCUCUUUAAGAGCCAGUUGGAUACCGAUGAGGAGGGAUAUGUGAUUACGAAGCCGGGAACAAGCUAUACCAGUGUGGAGGGUGUCUUUGCUGCCGGAGAUGUGCAGGAUAAGAGAUACAGACAAGCUAUUACUAGUGCUGGCUCUGGAUGUAUAGCAGCACUCGAAGCAGAGAAAUUCCUCGCCGAACAAGAAGAUGAGGAGAAUACCCUAGAGGCAGAGAAGGGAGCCGCGAAAGGCAACAAUGUUGUGGUUCCCGAAUAUAGAUCCAAUCCCCUGCUAUAGAUCUGACCUUUUCUUUACUUCCUGAUUUUGGAGAGAUGCGAUAGAGGAGCCCAUACAGUAGAUUUGUAUGCGAGCAUAGCAUACUAGAUAGAUAGAAAAUAUCGAG